AUGACACAGAUGCACACAUCCUCUAAUGGCCUUGCUAGUGCUCACCAUAAUGAAGGAAUAAAGAUCGCUCUUACCACAGAAAUGCACGCUUCAAUCAAAAUGGGCAAUGCUGGAUCUGAUGGUCCUCCUGGCCAAGACGGUUCUGCAGGAAUAAAGGGUGACAGAGGUGACAGUGGUCCAGCUGGCGCUCCUGGUGCUCCAGGUGGCACUGGUGCUCCUGGUCCAGUCGGACCCACUGGCAAACAGGGAGACAGAGGAGAGGCCGGCCCACAAGGCCCGCGCGGAGAUAAAGGAGAGGCUGGCGAUUCAGGUGAGAGAGGACAGAAAGGACACAGAGGUUUCACCGGUCUUCAAGGUCUGCCUGGGCCUCCUGGGCAACCUGGUGACCAAGGUGCUUCUGGACCUGCUGGACCCGGUGGAGCAAGAGGCUCCCCAGGCCCUGUUGGUCCAGCUGGAAAAGAUGGAGCCAAUGGUUUGCUUGGACCCAUCGGACCCCCUGGACCUCGUGGCCGUUCUGGAGAGACUGGGCCAUCCGGCCCCCCAGGAAAUCCUGGUCCCCCAGGUCCUCCUGGCCCACCAGGGCCUGGCAUCGACAUGUCUGCUUUCGCUGGUCUGUCUCAUCCUGAGAAGGAUCCGGACCCCCUGCGGUACAUGAGGGCAGACCAGGCCGCCGAAGGUGACCGCCAGCAUGAUGCAGAGGUUGAUGCCACUCUGAAAUCCCUGAACAACCAGAUGGAGAACAUCCGAAGUCCUGAUGGUACUAAAAAAAGCCCGGCCCGGACCUGUAGAGACCUGAAACACUGCCACCCAGCUUGGAAGAGCGGUGAAUACUGGAUUGAUCCUAACCAGGGCUGCACCGUUGAUGCUAUGAAGGUGUUCUGCAACAUGGAGUCCGGCGAGACCUGUGUUUAUCCAAAACCGUCUAAUAUCCCAUGCAAGAACUGGUGGACUUCCAAGGGUGCCGAACGCAAACAUGUUUGGUUUGGAGAAGUCAUGAAUGGUGGAUUCCCUUUUGGCUAUGGAGACGACAAUCUGGCACCUAAUACAGCAAGCAUUCAGAUGACUUUCCUGAGACUGCUGUCCACAGAGGCCUCGCAGAACCUCACCUAUCACUGCAAGAACAGCGUUGCCUAUAUGGAUGAGGCCACUGGCAACCUGAAGAAAGCUCUGCUGCUGCAGGGAUCCAAUGAUUUUGAAAUCCGAGCUGAGGGCAACAGCCGCUUCACAUAUAGUGUUCUUGAGGAUGGCUGCAAGAAACACACAGGACAAUGGAGCAAGACGGUCAUUGAGUACAAAUCCCAGAAGACUUCACGUCUACCCAUUGUUGACAUUGCGCCUAUGGAUAUUGGAGGAGCAAAUCAGGAGUUUGGAGUGGACGUGGGUGCCGUCUGUUUCUUGUAAAGAAAGAGGAACAGAUGAAACCGGGAUCCAGAACAAAUGAGAGAGAUAACACCCACUCGAGAGUGAGGAAAAAAAGAGAGAAACUUAAGAACUAGACAUUUUUAAGUGGGACAUCUUUAUGACUAGAAAAAAAAAAAUGUGCUUCCGAAAGUAUUUUUUAGGAUAUGCACUGAUAGGCACUAGCUGUACUCAUCUGUGACUGACAUGCCAUUCCUUGACAGGCAGACACUCUGGGAACAUCUCACAAUCCAACGGAAUGGUACAUAAGGGAGUAUGCCAGAGAAAAAGACAGUGGUAGAAGUGUGUCUUGGUUUUAUUUAUUUAUUGUUAAGGUGCUGUUUCCCCCUGUACAUUUGAAUCAAGAGCUGUACAUCAGUGUGUCCCAUACUGAGUAUUUUAUCAUUUUCAUCUAUAAUUAUUGGACUCACGCAUUUUACAACAGCCUGAACUUUGACAAUAACAUGCAAGUGUUCGUCUUUCUUAUCACCACAAUGUAUGUAAAUUACUGUGCAUUAAAACAUAAUCAGUGGUGCUAAUCUUAUAAAACACCCUGCAUUUCCCCCCCCAAUGACCAGACAGAUAAUAGACAGCUAACUGUUUAUUUGUGUAUAUGUUCGUGAAUUAAAGUUAGGUUUUUUCAGACCUUUUAUGUCACACUAUUUAAUGUACUUUUAUUUAUUUAUUUUUUUUAUUUAUAUUUUUAUCAGAACAAGGUACAUUGAAAGUAUUCAGUGACAGAGGCACUCUCAAAGGCAUUCAUUUUUACUUUUUCUACCCACAACAUAAAGAACAAGGAAAAAAAAAAAAAAAAAAACCUAUAGGGGAAGGGGGGGGGGUCAAUGUAUUCAAUGUAGGGGGGUUGUUGGCUCAAAGUUGGAGGAGUACAUUCUUCUCUAUAUAGAUUAUUAAAGGAUCCCAUGUCUUGUAAAAAGUUCUGGUUGAUCCUCUGAGAAAAUAUUUGAUUUUUUCAGUUUUUAGAAAAAACAUUACAUCACUAAGCCAUAGUGACAAUUUAGGUGGCAUUGGUGAUUUCCACUCUAAAAGAAUUCUUCUUCUAGCUAUUAAUGUUGCAAACGCCAAGGCAUUUUCUUUAUCUUUAGUUAUGUGAAUGUCGUCAUCUGUGACUCCAAACAAAGCCAUUAUUGGGUUAGGUUGAAUUCUUAAAUUAAAUGCGGAGUUUAAAAUUUCAAAUAUUGAAGACCAAAAUUGUCUCAGUUUAGUACAUGACCAGAACAUAUGGGUUAGAUCUGCCUUAAAUGCAUUGCAACGAUCACAUGUUUCAUCUAUAUUUGAGUAUAUUUUAGCCAGUUUGGUUUUACUAUAAUGAAUACGAUAGAGAACUUUCAUCUGAAUCAGAUUGAGUCGUGCACAAGAUGAAGUCUUAUUUAUUCUGUUAACAGCUUUGUCCCAAGUGUCUUCAGAUAUGCGAAUUCCCAACUCUCCCGUCCAUUCCUGUUUAAUUUUCUCUAGCGAUCUAUUUUGGAAUGUCAUAAUUAAGUUAUAUAUUUUAGAAAUGAGGCCCUUGAGGUGUGUAGGAGUCUUAAGAAUCAAGUCCAACCCUGAUUCAGAGGGCAUAUGAGGAAACACAGAGCAUUGGGCUUGAAUAAAGUGUCGAACUUGAAGAUAACGAAAAAAAUCUGACUUUUGAAGAUGAAAUUUUUGAAUCAGGUCAUUGUAAUUGGCAAAAAUAUUGUCGAUGAAAAAGUCACUACAUUUAACUAUGCCCAGGUCCUGCCAUUGCUUAAAAGUAGCAUCUAACUUUGCAGCUGGGAAAAGGUGAUUAUUACAUAUGGGAGUUUCCAAGGAAAAGUCUGUUAAUUGAAAUGCUUGUCUAAACU